AUGGAGAGACUUUCCUGGCGAAAAGCUGAUCCAUUAUGUACAUUGCAGUGUCCCUCUUCCAGUGUCGCGGCCAGAACUGUAGUAUUGCUGUCAUUUUCAGAUGAACUGUAUAAAACUACUACUAAAUUAAACGAGAGUCAAAAAUGCGCUGUUGCUGCUGCAUUGAACAAAACGAGACCAAUUGUAACCAUUCAUGGGCCACCUGGAACGGGAAAAACGGCUGUAAUUACUGAAAUCGUUAUGGAAGCUGUACUCAUUUGUGCUCCUUCAAACGUGGCAGUUAAUAACGUAGUGAAUCGAUUGAAAGGCUUCACUGAAAUAUGUUCUCUGGGAAUAGAUUCAGAGCUGUCACUUUCAAAGGAGCUGGAACAGCUUGAAAAAUUCAGUGACGUUCAGAGUCUCAUCAGAAACUUGGAUUCAGAAAAUGAUGUGGUUUCCGAAAUGAAUUCAAAUGCACGUAAAAAAAUUUGGCAUGUAGCUAAUAAAAUGUUAUGGAGUUUGAAGGAGAGCGUCCUAAAAAACAAGCAAGUGGUUGCUUGUACUCUUACUAAUAAUUCACUUCGAUUUCUUCGUGAACAAGGCUUUCAUCCGAAUGUGACUGUAAUAGAUGAAGCUGCCCAAACCUUAGAAUGUGUUGCAUGGUAUUCAUUGCUCUUGUCACCUAGAGCUGUUGUUGUUGGUGAUCCAUGGCAGUUACCACCAGUUUUGAAAACCUCACAAUCGGCUGAAAGAAGUAAGACUGGCAAUUCGCUGAUGGAUACUCUAUCGAAGAGGUUUGACCAGUCGAAUUCAUUCAUGCUAACUGAACAAUAUCGUAUGAACAAAAAAAUUAUGGAGUGGCCAUCUUCAUUUUUCUACAACUCACAAUUGCAUUCAAGCGAACUUGUCUCCAAUCAACUUUUGAGUGAUAUAAGUGACAUGCCAAAAGGAAAUUUGUUUGAUGAGCCCAUGAUAUUUCUGGAUACAAGCUGUAAUAAGUCGUCAGAUAAUAAAGAGAAGUCGUGUCGAAACUCAUUUAUCAACACUUUUGAAGCGCGACUGGUCACGAAGUACAUUACUAUGUUAAGUGCCUGUGGUGUUCGUAAAGAAGAUAUCGGUGUUAUUGCCCCAUAUGCAGCUCAAGUAGGUCUACUUAGAAACUCAAUAAGGACUAGUAAGGUGAAUAGCGUAGACGCAUUCCAAGGUCAGGAGCGUGAAGUUGUAGUCAUGUCAUUGGUGCGAAACAACAAUGAAGGGAGGAUGGGAUUUUUAAAGGAUAAGCGCCGCUUAAAUGUUGCUGUCACAAGAGCCCGCCGACAAUUUAUUCUGAUUGGUAAUGCAGCAAUGAUGAGACACACGAAGCACACGAAAUCUCUCUUCGAAUACAUACAGCGUCAUGGAGUGAUCGUUAAACCUGAUCAUUUGACUCGAUUCAAGCCUCACAUUCGUAAUCGACCUUAA